AUGCUCCGUGGCUUGUCGACGGUCAAGGUGUGCUUGAUUACGUAUGGCGAUACAGAAACGGACAAUCUACUCGCGCCGCCCAUCAAGCAAGACGAUGCGCCGUCCAGCGAGUUUGGCGGUAUUCGUGAAAUUUGGCCGCCUGCGACGCCGACCGUGGCGACGCUAAACCGCCUAAAAGAGCUAACACCAUCUGCGCCAGGAUACUAUACGGAUCCACUGAAUGCACUCACGGCUGCAAUUGUCUCCAUGUGUACGCCUAAACACGGCGAGCCAAGUCCGUCCUGGACGCGCAUUAUUUACUUAAUUACACGCGCAGAGGCGCCCAUGGAUCCCAAAGACCUCGACACGAUCCGCAAUUCGCUUGAAUCCAAACAAAUCAGUCUGCGUGUGCUCGGUUUUGGAUUUCCGUGCUCGCCGCUCGCACGCGUCAAGACGGAAGCGUGGGCCACCGAGCGCUAUGUAGACCAAUGGCACGACUUGCUUGCAGAUUUGCCGGAUGCCAAAUUUUCCAGUGCAGAAACGGAAGAACAAAUGGCGACGGCGCCGACGAUACAGGUGACCAAGUCAGCGCCCACGAGUACGACACUCACGUUCGGACAUCCUGAGACGCCCGACGGCGACGAUUACAUGGCGAUCCAAGUCCAGGUCCUCAAAGCGAGCGCGGUGCAGCGACCCAUGUCUCAGAUAAAGGUAUGGCGCAAUGAAGAUGGCACGGAGCUGAGACAUGUCGAGACACGCCGCGUAUAUUACCGCGCGAGCGAGCUUUUGCACGCCGAGGACGACGACGUAAAAGCAGAGCCUCUUCCGGACGAGAGUGCCGAAUCGUUUCUGCGUGCGUACAAGCUUGGAGCCACGCUGAUUCCGGUACAGCGCGAUAUGGAGGUAGUCCCAGAGACUGUCCAAGGUCUCGAGCUUCUUCACUUUGUGCACGGCGAUACUUACCGGCGCGAGUACCAUCUCGGCGAGACGUACUUUGUUAUUGCUGACCCAAAAUCGGCGCGUGCACAAAUUCAACUUUCGAGUCUUGCGAAUGCUGCGGCAGACAGAGACGUAUACGCACUGUGUCGCUACGUCACACGCAACCAUGCAGACCCACGCCUUUGUAUGUUGGCGCCGUUUGUGGACGAGGAAAUAUCGUAUUUUGCCAUGGUACGUGUUCCUUUUCGCGAGGACGUAAAGCGGUUUGCUUUUCCGCCGCUGGAUCGAGUGCAAACGAAUACGGGAGAAGAGCUGCGUGCGCACAGCACCAUUCCGACACCCGAGCAACAGGCACACAUGGAUAAAUUCGUUGACAGCAUGGAUUUGAUGGACGUUGACGAGCAUGGCGACGGCGAUGGCUGGUAUUCGUGUGCGGAGAGCUACAAUCCGGCCGUGCAUGGCCUCAAGAAUGCAGUGAAGCACAAGUUCCUUUAUUGCAAUGCAGACGCGCUGCCGGAUCUGAAUUCGGAGCUCACGCGCUUUUUCGACAGUCCGCAGGCGGUGAAAGAGCGGUCUGCUGAUAUUUUGCGGGAUUGUGCGUCAGUAUUUGCGGUGCAUGCACGUCCCCAUGAAAAGGAGCAGCCGCCCGCACCGCAUAAAAAACCUCGUCACAGCGCCGACUCCGACGCUACGCCAGAUGAGGACGAGCAGGUGCUGGGAAAGAUCCAGACUGACGCAAUCAAGGUACGUGGGACACAACACGUUUUGCCCCUCGCCGAUCCUGCAAAAGCGUUUGCCUUGCUUGUGCACAGCACCGAGAGCAUUACCGAAGCCUGUGAAGCGAUGCAGCAUGUGGUAUUCCGGCUCUUGGAUACAAAGAUGACAAAUGGAGCCGAUACUACAGAGCGUAUGGAGCAGUGUAUUCGGGCGUAUUACGACGCAGCGACACAGCUAGACGAAGCGCCCGCGUUCAAUGCGUUUCUUCGCCGGUUCAAGGCGCGCGUCGUGCAAAAGGAUCUUGUGCUAUGGUCUACACUGACGAAAAAUUCACACUGCAGCCUAAUUACCACCGAAAAGGACGAAGGCCAUCGUGUAGCUGUGACGGAGGAGGAGGCCACUGCGUUCCUUGCAGCGCCGUAG